GUAGGGAUUUAGUAGGUAGAUAUAUAAGACCUGACAUACGUAGUCCUGUAUCUCUCUCAGAGCACAUCCAACUCUCUUACAGCAGUCACGCGCCAGCAGCUUUACAAUGUACAAAUCAGUUCUCGCUGUCCUUCUCUUGGUCGCCAUGGCUAGCGCCACUGGUUACGGAGGCUGGGGAGGUCUUGGAGGCUAUGGAGGCUUUGGAGGACUCGGUGGCUGGGGAGGUCUAGGAGGCGGCUGGGGAGGCUUCGGUGGACUCGGCGGAUGGGGGCUUGGCGGUGGAUACGGCUACGGAGGUGGAUACGGAGGCGGCUAUGGUGGAUACGGUAAAGGUGUUGUCAGCGUCGUCCCUGUCGCCGUUGGAGUUGGUGGAUACGGUGGAUACGGAUUCGGUGGCUAUGGAUAUGGUAAAGGCUAUUAUUAAACCGGCCAAGUCAAGCAUCUAAGUCAAGUCAGGUGUUUUAAGUCAAGUCAAGUCUCAAAGUCAAGUCUUUGAGUCAAGUCAGACGUUGGAGAACAUUAAAAAUGAAUGUCUAUAUAAUGUCCAUCAUCACAAUUGAAUAAAUCCAUUUUUUUUAAA